CUGAGGUGUGCUCGCAGUCAGAUAUUGCGAAAUACCCAGGUUUUUUUUCUAUAACUAUAAUAAACAACGUAAUGAAAUUACAUAAUGAAAUCAGUGUCGUGCUUGUACGCAAGGUUAAGGACUGAGAAAGAUAAUGAAAUUAAUGUAGAAGAUUGGUUUAAAAUAUCUGCAAACACAAGAUACAAUGAGUGAACAAAAUGCUAUAAACAUCUUAUUGGUAUUUCUUCACCUUGUUUCAGGCAUCCAAAUAGAAUUUGAGGAUGGAAGCCUAAUUUUUGAUUGGAAACAAACAAUAUCUUCGGAUGGUCCUUUCCAUGUCAUAAUUACCCGUGAUUCACAAUCAAGCGAAAUGUUUACUAUUAACAAUAAGUCAUUUGUCGUCCAUGAUUUACUAAAUUUUUCCUCCGUUUCAAUCAGCGUCAAACAACAGAAGGAUUGGGCAAUAACAUACUACAACAAAACCUUUGAAGUCGCUGUGCUUUCUAGUUCAUCCGGGUAUGAUAAAGUCAUUCACUGGGAAAUGCCAUAUUUUCCAAAGAGUGGAGACAUCAGAAUCUUUCAUGAACAAAGGCCAAAGGAACCUAUUUUGAAAAUUGAGGAUCCAAACGUCUUUUGCAGGAACCCCCAUAAAUACAAAUACAUGUCUUUUCCUGUGAAUUCUGUAUUUGUUAAUUUUACAAUUAUUAAUACAACACUAAAUGAUGCUGGAUUCUAUUACGACAAGAUACAUUUGUCGGAUGUUGCUGAUACCGGUGCGUUUUUAGUCGUAUAUGGUGAGCCUACACGACCUAUCAUUAAUGGACAAUCAAAGAUUAAAGUUGGAGAGCUUGUAAACCUAACAUGUUACAGUAGAUCUACGUCAACUCCAAUCUAUUACAAACAAUUCCCACAAUUGAGGUACACCUGGUUCAUAAAUGGUACAGAAGUCCCCUCAUUUAGAGGAGGUGUCUUUGUCUUCACUGCCAAGAAAAAUCAUCGUUUUAUUCCAAUUACUUGCCAGUCGACAGAAUUCGAAUCCUCUCAGAUGAGCGAUAUAUUUUUUAUUGACGUUGUUGGAAAUGACGAAUAUUUUGCAAAACCAUUAACAACAAUAACAACAACUAGAAAUUCAAUAUCAACAACCGAACGAUUUCUAACUGAUGAAAACUACCUUCGGGUGGAUUCUGGUGAUGAAAUGAAUAUUAUGGUGAUCAUAAUCGUAUUCCUAACAAGCGUGAUUAUAAUUUUGAUAACAUGGAUUCUAUUUAUUAAGCUAAAAAGAGGUAAAAUGUGCAAGAAGAAUCUUAAACGCAAAACAUUAUCAUCACAGUAUCUGACACCAUCAGCAGACUACGGAAACUCCACAUUGUCAAUUAUUUAUAACAGGAAUGGAGCGGAUCAUUAUCAUCAGAUAAACGAGGACAGCACUUCAUAUAUUUAUAUAGAUUUAUAAAAACCGACAUUUUAUGUAUUAAGUGUACAAGUAUUUAGGCCCUACAGCUUUAUCUGAUGUUUUAUGGACUCUUAUACCCCUGUACAUGAUUCCUUACAAACGUAGACGAAUCUUCAACACAUUCAUCUACGUAUGGUAAUUUACUUAAUUCUUAUGAAUAUACGACACAUGUAAUAUAAAUAGUAUUAUGAUGCAUACUUUAUACAGGAUUUCACAUUUAUUAACUUAGAUUUUAAAUUGUGGAUCAAACCUUGACAUACUUUUUCAUCUCAUGUUCAACAAUUUAUGAAUCAUUUUCGGUGAAAAAGAAAUGCAAGUAGGUAGAUGUUGUGGAAAAAACAUCAUCAAACAGCUAUCAUUUGUCACAACGGCCCGAUUUGUGCAUGUCAAUACGUAUCUAAAGCACGACAGUAACGAAAUUCACAUGUAUAUAGGACUAAUGCAUUAUAAAUAGUAUUAUGAGCAUACUCUACACAGGAUUUUAACUUUUUUAUUAACUGGGAUUUUAAAUCGUGAAUCACACCUUGACAUACUUAUUCAUCUCAUGUUCAAUAAUUUAUGAAUCAUUUUCGGUGAAAAAGAAACGCAAGUAGGUAGUUAUAGUGGAAAAAAUAUCAGGUAGCUAUCACUUGUCACCUCGGCCCAAUUCUUUUGCGUUCCAUUACACGUCCUACAGUAUUAAAUUUAUAUGUAAAGUAUUUAUAUGUUAAGUUAUGCUUGUAAUAACAACAUAAUCAAAUAGCAUGUAAAAAGUCAAACAUAAAAACACAUUAUAUAUUAUAACACGUUUAAAACAAUAUAUUUUUAAAUACCUAAGCGAAGCGACAGAAAACAAUAUGUUUUAUAUUAAAUACUAAAAAAAUGAGAGAACGUACAGUAAGUGCUCCAGAGCAAACACGGACCUCUAAAAUAUGCGAGGUGUAUAGAUAUGUCUAUUUUUAUUAUCAAAGUUUGUUAUAUUUGAAUAAAAACGAUUUCAUACAUAAAAGUACUGGUUUACUUUGACUUCAUAUCAGUACAAACUCAUUUGUAUAUGUAUUAUUUGAAUAAUGUAUUUCCUUUAAAAUUAUUUCAAAAAUUGACAUUUGUUGUCAUUUUUUUUAUUUCAUACAGAAUAUCUUAGACAUAUAUUUACCUUCAGUCCCUCCCCCUCCCCCUCCCCCCCCCCCACACACACAUAUAUUCUCCAUUUAGUAUACGCAUGUCCAUCUAAAGGAAUUGUCUCCAAGAAUUUCUUUGAAACACUUUGUCUUGGGUUGAGAAAGUUGCAUGUCACAAAAAAUGUAAAUGUAUCUGUUGUAUCUUAUCUGUGUCGAUUUGAUAAACUCAUUGUAGAAGCUCUUUGCAAAUAAAAAAACACAAAAAUUAUUGCUAUAUGUAAUAAAGGCAAAUACAUUUUAUGCAUAACAAUACAGGAAGGAAACUUUACAAAAUAUUAGAUACAUUCAGGAAUAAAUCCUAGCACACAAUAGAAAAUUAAAUGUAAAUAAUAGCUUUCAGAAAAGAUCAAAUCAUUAACUGAAAAAAGAAAAAAAAAGAAAUUUUCCAGCAAAAAAUGCACCCGUUCUGACCUGAUCAUGAUAAAUGAAUAACUCGGAGAUGGCUUUAUUCUUAUUAUGUUUAAAGAUCUAAAGAUGUAUUGACUUUCAGUUACGAAAGUAAGUUUUUUUUUCUUAUUUUAAAGGGAUUUCGCAUAUUUAUUCAUGAAAAGAAAUAAUAAAAAAUCACAAGUAGACUAAAAUAAUGAUACAUUCAGCUACCCUAGGUUUAAAAAGUAUAAACACUGGAAUGAAGCGUUCCGAGAAAUUUACAGAUUUAAAUGUGAGCAAUGCCAUGUAUUCCACUAACAUUAAUUUCGAACCCAUAGGUUAAUGUACUCCCUUCGGUAUAAGAUGUCAAAAUAUCAUUAUUAUACUUUGGUUGUCAGUAAAAGUCUAUAAAAAACUUUAUUCACACAAAAUACACCUUAAAUCAUUUCUUAAAUGUUUGUUUACAUCAUCUGUGUCUAUUGAAGGCACCGUCAAUUGAAAAAAAAUUGAUUACUUCAUUAUAUAUACAUGUAUAAGCUGAUUGCAUACAAGUAUUUGUCGAAUUUGAAUGAGCAUGACUUUGCACAGCUUUUUCAUUUCAUGCAGUCAUAUGUGCGACAGAUCACCUUUCCCAAAUAUUGUGAUUUUAAUACGAACUUGAUAUUAUCUCUAUCGCCUACUGGUCUGAAAAUGAGCUUUUACGACAAAAAUAAAGAAAAAAAUUCAUCUGUACCGAUCCGAUAAUUCAUUUGCUUAUGCAUUUCUACUGCAAUAUAGUAUUUUUAGCA